CGAGGCAGCGGGAAACGUGAGGUCUGCAAACAAAGCCGUUAAAUAUUUAACCCGUACAAGUGUAAUUUAAUACGUAUCCCUAGAAACGUCUGCCAGUCAACGACAGUCCGGCGGAAUAUAUCUGUAUUUAAUAAAGUGGAGCGAAGAUGCAGGACAACUAUUUUCGUAACCAGUACGACAACGAUGUGACAGUAUGGAGCCCACAGGGCAGAAUUCAUCAGAUCGAGUAUGCCAUGGAGGCAGUGAAGCAAGGAUCUGCAACUGUUGGUCUCAAAUCCAAAACUGUUGCAGUUCUUGUUGCACUUAAGAGAGCCCAAUCUGAAUUGGCUGCCCACCAGAAAAAGAUUCUCCAUGUGGACAACCAUAUCGGCAUCUCCAUCGCUGGACUGACAGCUGAUGCACGACUGCUUUGUAAUUUCAUGCGGCAGGAGUGCUUGGACUCCAGGUUUGUCUUUGACAGGCCUCUUCCCACGUCACGUCUCGUCCAGCUGAUUGGCAGCAAAACUCAAAUCCCCACACAGAGAUAUGGAAGGAGACCCUACGGAGUUGGACUUCUGAUUGCUGGAUAUGAUGAUAUGGGCCCUCACAUCUUCCAGACAUGUCCUUCAGCCAACUACUUUGACUGCAAAGCCAUGUCCAUUGGAGCCCGCUCACAGUCUGCACGCACCUACCUGGAGAGAUGCAUGGACAAGUUUCAGGACUGCAAUCUGAAUGAGUUGGUCCAACAUGGUCUGCGUGCACUCCGAGAAACUCUCCCCACUGAGCAAGACCUGACCACCAAGAAUGUUUCCAUCGGCAUUGUGGGAAAGGACAUCGAUUUCACGAUCUAUGAUGACGACGACGUGGCUCCAUUCUUGGAGGGCCUGGAGGAGCGGCCACAAAGAAGGGUUGCUCCGCCCGCAGAUGAACCUGCUGACCCUGACGCGCCAGCUGAGCCCAUGGAGCACUGAGUAGCCUCCUGAGGCAACGCCACAUCAUUAAGACUACCUUAGAAGGUAGUGCGAUGCUCAAUGUUGAUCCAAAUUGUUCCCAGCCAACAUCGGUCGGUGUGAUGUUGCUUUUGUAUCAGUCAAAUGUACCAUAAAACGUGAAAUAAACAAACUUUUUGCGGUAAAGUCUUGAGUAAGUCAUUGACUUCAUGCAGACUAGUGUCUCAAGUUUGGAAAGCCAGUCCUCGCCAGGCUAUCACAGUGAACACCUUAACACUAGGUAUCCACCACAUAACAGACUUGAAGCUGGAUAGAUAGGUA